UUUGUCUAACACCCAACAUAGAACUUAUCACAUAGUUUUACUUUACGUUUGUAAAAACACUGACCAUUAUUUAAAUUAAACACCGUCUUGACAGCGCGCCACCCCUCCGGGCACAGUUGGUCUCGCCCGUGUCUCCCCAGCAUCAAACGCACAUGUUGGGUGUGUUGUGUUGAGCAUUGCAGCGGUUUUACAGCGUUUAUCAGAGCUGUGCUCGCUGUCACGCUGCUGCUCGCUGUCUGCAGGCCACAGUUUCAGCGCCACGAGCCUCUCGGUCCGUGAGAAACACUGAAAAAGCCGAGUUAUUGUCGGAAACAGCUGCGAGGAGGCUGAAACGCGCCCGGCGUGGCUGCAGCGGCUACUGUCUGUCUGACUAACGUUACACCUGGCUGGAGGCUUUGAGGCUCGCCGUGCGACACAAUGAGCUCCAAGGUGUGUAAGAACUGCGGCAGCACGGACAUCGAUGUGGACCAGGCGCGCGGCGAUGCCGUCUGCAUGGGCUGCGGCUCCGUGCUGGAGGACAACAUCAUCGUGGCCGAGGUGGAGUUUGUGGAGUCGAGCGGCGGAGGCUCGCUGGCCGUCGGACAGUUCAUCUCCUCAGAUGGCGGAGGCCCCAACAUGUCUUUUGGAGACGGACACUUGCAGAAUUGUGGGAGGGAGUCCAGAGCGCAGACACUGUCGAGAGCAAAACAGAACAUCAACACUCUGGGUCACCAGCUGCAGAUGAACAAGCACUGUCUGGACACGGCCUUCAACUUCUACAAGAUGGCGCUCAGCAAACACCUGACCCGCGGCCGUAAGGCCUCCCACGUGGUCGCCGCCUGCCUCUACAUGGUCUGCCGGACUGAGGGAACGCCACACAUGCUGCUGGAUCUCAGCGAUCUCCUGCAGGUGAACGUCUACGUCCUGGGCAGAACCUUCCUCGUGCUGGCCAGAGAACUGUGCAUCAACGCCCCGGCUAUAGACCCGUGCCUUUACAUCCCCCGCUUCGCCCAGAUGCUGGAAUUUGGGGAGAAGAACCACGAAGUCUCCAUGACUGCGAUGAGGCUGGUGCAGAGGAUGAAGAGGGACUGGAUGCACACCGGACGAAGGCCGUCAGGACUCUGCGGAGCAGCCCUUCUCGUUGCCGCUCGUAUGCACGACUUUCGUCGCACCAUCAAAGAAGUCAUCGGCAUUGUGAAAGUGUGUGAAACCACAAUCAGAAAAAGACUGAUGGAGUUUGAAGACACACCCACCAGUCAGCUGACCAUCGAAGAGUUCAUGAAGAUGGAUCUGGACCAAGAGUGUGACCCACCCUGCUUUACAGCCGGACUGAUGAAGAAAAAAGCCCAUCAGCUGGAGAUGGAGCUGAAGAAAAAGAUGGAUGACGUAGAAGAGGAAAUUCAGAGCUACCAGGAUGAAAUAGACGCAGAGCUUCAGUCCAACAGACCCAAGCUGAGGGGGGUGUACGCCGCCUACGCUAAGGAAGAUGGUGACAAUGAGGAGCAGGAGGUCCUGUCCACAACCUCCAAGGUGGAAGACUGUGAGGAACCAGAAGAGGAAGACGAGCUUCAGGCCGUGGCCAGGCACUUUGGCAAAGAGCUCGACGAGCUCUCGCUGGAGGCUCUGAUCAAACUGGAGCAGAAGAGACCAGAGGAGGAGCAGGAGGAGCAGGAGGAGGACGGUCAAAAGCGAAAAGGCCCUUCGCUGGCGUCCAUCCUGGGCAGGAUGCCCUCAGCGGCCACCCUCGGCCUCACCGAGACCAUCGGCAGCUGCAUCGGAGACGGGAAGGAGAACAAUGGUGCUGCUGACGGUGGGGAGCUGGACCUGAGUGGGAUAGAUGACCGUGAGAUAGAGCUGUAUCUGCUGAGCGACAAAGAAAUCAAAGUCAAGACGGCGCUGUGGAUGGCAGAAAACUCAGACUACCUCAAAGAGCAGAAAGAAAAAGAAGCAAAGAUAGCGAAGGAGAAGGAGCUCGGGAUCUACAAAGAAAGGAAGCCUAGAGGACCCAGGAAGAAGCUUCCCCUGAUCCACGCCAGCACCGCAGACGAGGCCAUCGGGAAGAUGCUGGAGCAGAAGAAGAUCUCCUCAAAGAUCAACUACGACAUCCUGAAGGACCUCAACAUCAAGUCCGGCGCCAGCCCAGCUCGCAAGGCCGAGUCCCCGAAGAAGGAGCCGAUUGCCGCCAAACUGACCGGACGUAACCGCCAACCUGCUCGAUCUUCAAUCAGCCUCAGCACGCCGCUCAGCACCCUGGGAAAAAGGUUGCAGCCGUUCAUCAGCGGACAGCCCCACAAGAAGCUCGCAGCAGAGCAGAUUGCCAAUUCCAACCCCCUGCCGGUGCCUGUGGGAGACCCCGCCAGCGUAGUGGUGGUGGAGAGCGGGCCGGUCCACUACGACGACACUGCUGCUGCUGCUGAGGAGGAAGAUGAGGAGGAAGAGGAGACUUGUGUCAGCGCCAUGGAGAUGUUGGGUGGCAACGAUUACGGCUGUGAUGGAGAUUACGACGAUGGAUUCUAGCAGUGGUCCUGCCCCGGGUUAUUAUGUCCAACUAGUACGGACCACGUGGACUCCUUCAGUGUAUCAAACGUUUACUACCAGGGACACACAAUGGCUGCAGCUGCAGACGUGAGCUGGAGCAGGAAUAAACGGGACACGUGUGCAAAAAACAAGAAGUCAGAGGGUCAACUGGGAGGACGCUGACGGGGGUGGUGAAGUGAAAAUGAGGGAUAGAUUAUAUUUAUCAGAGGAGGUCACAGGCAGCCUGCAGUGACAAUACUGCACAAUCAAAGGUGGGAAAUAUUCCAGUACGCACUGGUUUGUUGAUUCGCAUGUUAGAAGACAUUUAGGUUAAAACUGGGAUAAACUUUAGACAAAUAAGUUUAAUAAAACCAAAUAACUGUUGAUUGAGCAGCAUUUAAAUGACUGAUUUCACAAGUUUUCACAUUUAAACGCUGCUGAAACGGUUUUAAGCUAGCUGUCUUUAUGUCCUGCAAAAAUACCAAAUCGCUGUUCACUGUGAAGCACUCGUCAGGAGACGAAUGCAGAAGGGAGAACAGCUGUGUCUGCGCUGGGUGAAACGUUUCCACCGAGGUUUUAUUGCAGCGUAACGCAGCAAAAAGCAAAGCAGAACCAAACGUAUUAUCCUUUAACUUGCACUUUGCAUUCCUGACACACUAAAACUUCACAGCAUGUGACUUCCACGCGUACUUCCUGAUAAUUAAUUCUGCCUCAGAUCUAUUAUACUGUGUACUGAAAAACAAGCAUCUAACAAUCAGGUAGCGUGAGAUCAAUCAGCAAAGUGCAGAAAGUAUUUUCCUGUCACUUCUGCUUCAGAUGAGGUUGAUCUGCAAACAGCCUCACGGCUCUGAUCAGUAUUUAUUAAUGCCUUAGGUGAUUAGUGAUCUGACACGCGCUGUCUGCUCUUCUUAAGCCAAAGUAUUACGAGGUGGCCUUCGAACAAUGUGUGCCAGUGUUUGCUGAGAUGCUAUUAAAUCCAGAAAUAGUGAGAUUUUAAUUCCAGAUCAAUGUCGAAUGGUUUGAUUAGUUUUAUGUUGCUAUUAAUUGGCUCUGGGCUUUCCUUAAUGAGUGUUUUUUUUUUGUGUGUGUUAAUUUAUGAGAUUGUGUCAUUUGAUGGUUAAAUAUGCCUCACGAUGUCCUGCCACAGGCCGCGCAGGUGUUUAAAGGUGCCAGAUGGAUGAGGGAGCCCAUUCGGAGCAUAGAUUUAUUUUGUAUUCAAGCUUUUAUGAUUUUUGUGUUGGGAAAAAAUGACUUUGGGAGGUGAAACAGAAUGUGGCCUUUUCACUGUGUCCACACAACAGUAUUUAAGAAGGGGGCCGGUUGCCUCUGUGCUGCUGCUACAAGUGAAAUGUUACAUCUGCAUAUUGUUGUGUGCAUUUGCUGCUACACUAAAGAUUUCACUAAAUGACAACA